AUGUCAAGCCAAUCUUCACAGAGAACUAAUAAAUCGUUACCUACUUCCUUAAUGGAUGUUAAACCGAUGUCAACUGUAGAAAGCAGUGUUACAAAGCUUCUGAUUUCAACAAAAUCAUUAUUAGAAAAGCUAAAACAAUGGUCUAAAAGGCUAGCAACUGAAGAACAAGUGUCUGAUUCCUUUGUGCAACUCGGGAAUGAUUUUAAGUUGGUUUCGAAACAUUUUUUGCACGCCGGUUUAGAUGUGGUGGAUUUGGGUGAUGUUCCAAUGGAACUUCGCCUUAUUCUGGAGAGAGCUUUAAGCGAACCUGCAACAGAGGAGACAAUAAAUAAGUAUUUGCCACAGAUACGUGAGAUAAUAGUGAAUUUAUUGGACAAGUUGAAGGGAAAACAGCAGCAACUUAAACAGCGGAAAAAUGAGCAAAGGACGUCGGCUGGGUCUACGAGAUCUAUACCCCCAAGUUCACGGUUUGGUGAAGGACGUGGGUCAGUUCCUAAUUCCAAUGGCUCCUCUGGUGUUGUUAACGAAGUACCGCGGACAGUUACGGAUAGUAGGAGCCACUCAGUGCCAAAUGCGUCAACGAUCGAUGAUCCAGUUGCGAACGAUGUCAAAUACUCAACUGUAGAUAGACAGAGUUCUAAACAGAGCAACAAUGUCCAGAAUGAUGAAGACCCAUUGUCUCAGUUAAAAAAUGGGAAUACGCUGCAGAGGCGUGCAUCAAAACGGUUUUCUGCUUAUCAUAUGGCGAAACUCACACAUAUAUCGAAUGCGGACACACCGACGCCAGUAUUACCUACUUCUGCAGAAUUUAGCAUGAAGUCGCAGCCUAACACUCGUGGUACUACAAAUAAGCAUAUUGAGCUUGCUACUCAUAAUUCGGACGACGAAGGAGAAGUAACAGAGUCCACCAACAGACCGUCGAGAUACAUUGGUGACGGCUCAACAGUUACUGUCUUCUUGAAGCUAAAUAAUAGGGUGAAGAAAUGUACUGCGACUUUGCCGCUAACAUUCAACCAAAUAAGACUUUUAUUUGUUGAGAAGUUUACUUACUCUCCAGGAGGCGAUUCGUUUCCUGAUAUUUACAUUAAGGAGCCGGGACAUGAUGUUGCAUACGAAUUAGAAGAGUCCCAAUUGCAUUUCAUAAAGGAUGAUACGGUGUUACAGCUACAGUUAGACUCGCUCUCACCUACGCAAGCUGACUGGAGUAAGAAGUUGGAAGAGUUUAAGGCGGAGGUAUUGGAUUCGCAACGAGCAAUGUUUAAUGAAUUGAAGAACUUAGUAAUGGCUAAUGAUAGGGCCAGUUCAGGGAGCCCUUUGUCACUUACGAGUGGUGUUCCCCAGCAAAACGUUGCUGAGCAAGUUCGCUCUAUUAAACAUGAUCUCUCUAUAUUGAGUCAAGCCCAUAAUAACAGUAACCAAACAUUAAAAAAUACUAUCACAACGAUGUUGGAGAAGGUGAAGAAAUUCCAAUCCCUAAAUCUCAAUGCCUCUAGUCCUGCAAAUAGGGUUUACAUGGAACAAUCACAUACGAAGUUGUCUGAACUUUCAGACACAUUAUUGGCAAAGGUCGAUGAUUUACAAGAUAUUAUUGAAGCGUUAAGAAAGGAUGUCGCGAUUAGAGGUGCAAAACCAAGCAGGAAAAAAUUGGAGUCUGUGCAGCAAGAACUGAAGAAUGCGAACGCAGAUUUAGAGAGGAUGGAAGAGUAUCUCGAAAUUGAGAAGCCUAAUUGGAAAAAGAUAUGGGAAUUUGAAUUGGAUAAGGUCUGCGAAGAACAGCAGUUUUUGACACUGCAGGAAGACUUGGUUUUCGACCUGAAAGAAGACUUGAAUAAAGCAAACGAAACAUUUGAGUUAGUAGAACUGUGUUGUCAAGAACAGGAGAAGAAUCCAAAAAGGACAAGAGCCGGACCAAUUUUACCAUUGGCAAGGCCAAGCGCGUAUAGCGAAUUGAGGAAUCGUGUGUUGAUGGAGGUUGAGAAGCUAAAUCCAGAUCAUGUGAGUAGGCUACAGGCCAUUGAAAGAGCCGAGAAGCUAAGAGAGAAGGAGUUACAAUACAGAGACGGUUCUGCUUUCGAAUCAGAGUUGGAAGAUUUUAUAGAAAAAGGUAACUUCAAGAGGGCAGGGGGUAUUGAGGAAAUUGAAAGACAUCGGAAAGAACGCGAUGAACAGAAUUUACGAGAAACUUUUGGGUCAGGCAUGCUUUAA